CAUGUGAUAUGUGGCUGUACAAUACAGCAUUCUUGGCAUUCUCAUCUUUGCUGUAAAGGGAACAUUAUAAUUUUAUUAUUUUACAUUUCAUUUGUUUUGCAGGAAUCAGUGUAUGGGAAAAAAAAACAUGAAAUAAUAAUAGCUUCUGUUAUAUGUUAUCUUAUGAAGUUAUGAAAAUUCCAUGAUUUUCUUAUGAUGACCAUAUAUACACGUUGUGUCAUGAAAUGGUUUUUCGUGCAUGGUAGAUGUUUUUAUUUAUAAAUCCUGCAUAUAGGAGAAAUGAAGAGUCUCACAUUGAAAGGCAAUUUAAAUGUGAGUAAUAUAAGUAGCUCGUGUAAAACUUGCAUAGCAUUAUGAAAGUUACCAAAAUUACUGAUAGUAAAUACAGGUACUGAAUAAUGAACUAAAUAAUGAUUUUCUGUUUAUGUUCACUGUAGUGAGCAUAUCGUUUUGCCUGUAGCAUGGCCUUAAGCACCAUGCAAGAUCUUCCCAUAGGAAAUAUUUCAUUUACAACUUUCCAGCUGAAUGGUUUCUAUUCUUUGGGAGAAUGGCGGCGUUUUCUGUUCAUCCCAUAUUUUCUGAUGUUUUUAUUGUGUACCACUGCAAACUCUAUUUUGAUAUUUUUGAUUAUAACCCAGAGAGCUCUGCACUCUCCAAUGUUCGUAUUAAUUGGCCUAAUGGCUGUUGUGGAUCUGCUUAUGCCAAUGAUUUUUGUACCAAACAUGCUGCUCAACUUCUUAUUUAACUGGAAUCAGAUUUCUCUUGUGGGCUGUUUAAUGCAGAUAUUUUGGAUUCAGUUUGUUGGUGCAUUUCAGUCUACUCUACUGCUGUGGAUGUCUUUAGAUCGGUUCUUUGCUAUAUGUAGACCCCUUUCUUAUCACAAACACAUGCAAAUUACCAAUUUCCUAAAAUUCAUUAUUGUGCCUGUCAUCAGAAAUGGGCUUUUACAUAUCAUUAUGGUCUCCAUGGCUGGAAAAUUACAUUUUUGUAUGAAGAAUGAGAUCGAUCACUGUUUUUGUGAGCAUAUGGGAUUGGUCCAGCUGGCAUGUCAAGACACAACUUUUAAUAACGUAUUUGGACUUGCAACUGCUUUUCUAAUUCCAAUUGUAGAUUUUAUUUUUAUUGCUGUAUCAUAUGUAAUCAUUUUUACUUCUGUUAUGAAAUCGGGGAAGUCUAGCUUGAAGGCUCUCAAUACUUGCAUCACUCAUAUCAUUGUAAUAACAUUUAGUUUAGUGUUUAUCUUGACAGCUUUUUUGUCAUACAGGACUCAAAAUAAUGUUUCUCCUAAUAGUCGUAUUUUUGUAAGCACAAUGUACAUACUUUUUCCAAGCUGUUUCAACCCCAUUAUUUAUGGAGUGAGAACAAAAGAGAUCAGACUGCAUUUUUUCAAACUAUUUAACUGUGUAAAAGCUUUAACUCUGUAAUGUUGGGAUGUUACAAAAUGCUUAUAAUAAAGUGAGCGUGCAUAAAUAUA